AUGCGCGAGCGCUACGGUGUCAAACUCGUCAACUUCUGGGUCAACAAGGCCGUUACCGAGACUCUUCUCAGCAGCCCAAAGUUCCAUGAAUUCGCAGCCAAGACACAUCACCAUGUUAGCAGCAUCUCUCAGAAAGCGACCCCAAUGAUCUCCGAGAGCACCAACAGGGCUUCGGUCUUUGCCAAGGCCUUCAAGGAGACCAUCAUCAAGGAGUCUGAGAAUCUCGCCAAGAAGAAGUAA